UCUGCAGAAUCAGACCACCCAAGAGAAACUUGUGAGUGCUGUCCAGGACGGACUGAAUAACAUUUUCAGUAAACGCAGAGAAGAGGCUGAAGAGGAAGUUUACCUGCUGCAGGCAAGGAACAAGGACUUGAAUGCCAAGUGUAUUAAUUUAAGAGACCAAAUCCUGCUGUGCGAGACAGACAAAGUAGAAAGAGAGAGAACAGUCCGCCAGCUGCGGCGAGAACUUAGUGAGGCUCUCAGAAAGCAGCGGAUGUCGGAAACCUCCCUUAGAGUUUCUACCCGUUUGUGUGAUGACCUCAAGGAAGAAAAACUGCACUUGCAAGAGGACUUGGACAGGAUGAAAGCCAAGGCCAGUGAACUCUUCCAGCAGCUGGUGAUGGAAUCCACAAAAUCUCUGCAGCUAGAAAUUAGCAAUCAGAAGAUGCAAGAACAGGUGGUUUGCCUCCAACAGUGCUUACACACCAAUACGGUGGAUCAUGCCAAAAUAGAGGAGUAUAAAAGAGAGAUUGAAGAAAGAGCCCACCAAAAAAUAAGGCAAAAACUAGAAGAAGUCAAUCUCUUUUUGCAG